CAAUUUGUUUGUAUGUGAUGUCACUAAUGUCAGUAUCAUUUCUGGUAGUCAGUUCUUACUGACGUGCUACAUGAUUAUUUUGGCAGUGAUGUUUAAAGUUUUUAAAGAAUAGAUAUUAUUUUCAUCAAUUAAAAAAAAAGUUAAAACAUGGCGGCUAUAAACUACCCUAGUAUACACCCAGGACAAUACCCUUAUAUGGGUAGAAAUUUACCGGGUAGACCAAAGGAAGUAAACUCUCCAAGGCGAAGACAACCUAUACUUUGCCCAACAAUUCAUCCUGGAGUUUACCCACAUUAUGGGAAAGAACCAAAUUCCGGCACUUUGAAAAUGGCUUACGAAGAAAAGUUCCUGAAGAACAAUAUCAAAAACAUGAAGGUUGAAGAUACAAGAAUAGAAGAUGAUCCUGAUAAUAUGCGUUUCUAUACACAAGUGACCAAUCAUGUAAAUUAUCUUCAAAUUCAGAGAGACAUAAAAAAUAAGGUUGCCCAAAAGAUUAAUGCUUAUGAGGAAACCGUGGACAAGAGAAGGGAAAAACUGAAAGAUCUUUUUUACGCUGAAGAACGUCAGUACUAUCAGGAAACAGUUAAACUGGCUUUUAAGGGACAAGAAGAUACAUUUGAACAAAUGAAAAGAACACUAGAUAUAAUUAAGAAGAAGAAAGAAGAAGAAAGGCAACAAGUCGUCCAUAGAAAAAGGAUUGAACAAUAUAUAAAUCUUUGCCAAGAACUGAAACCGGCGCUUUUUAAAAGGCAUCUCAUUGAGUCUAAAAAUGCGCAGUUGCAACAAAUGCGGGAGAAUGAGGCCCGAAGACUACAAGAUAAAGAACUUGAUAGAAUGUGGUAUGAACUCAAUGAAAAGGAACAGAGAGCCAUGAAAGAACGUGAAGAAAGAGAAACUAUGGCGAAAAAGGCUGUACAACUUACUAUACAAGAAACACUAGCAAAGCAAGUUCGUGGUAAAGAACUUCUUAAAGCCGAAGAGAAGAAGAUGAAAAUGGAAGAUCAAUUAGAGUUCGAAAGAAGAAAUGACGAAAUGCGCAGGAAAGACAUUGAAAAUUUAAAGAAGAAAAGAAAGGAAAAAGAGGCCCUCCUAAAAGAUAUUAAAGAACAGAUUCGCACCCAGGAAGAGAUACUCCGUAAACACAAAGAGGAAGAUGAAGAAAUUUCUAAGGUUUAUCAGGAAUAUAACGCAAUUGAGAUAGAAAAAGAAAAAGCAGCACGACUCGCAAAGAUAGAACAAACAAGAAAGGAAUGGGCUACAUUUAAAAAGUAUCUGCAAGAAGUUGAACUUCACAAGAAAAACGAAGAAAAAAAACUUAAUGAACUCAUGACUAUCUUCAGAAAGGAAAUUCAGAAGAAGCACGAAGAGGCUGAAUGCAAAAUAGCAGCUGCCAGAAUGGAGUUGCAUAAGAGCGUUAUUGAAGGUAGAGCUCAACAGAUUGAAUAUAAACGACAAGAAGCUGAAAACCAGCUCAAAGCACAACAAGCUGAGAAUGAGUUAUUACAGAUCGCCUAUGAAUUGAAUAUCAGACUUCAAGAGGAAAGUGAUCGUGUAGAAAUGGAAGCUAUCCAGCAAUAUCGUGAUGAUCUGAAGGACCAGAUAGAAUAUAAUAACAAACUAAGGGAACGAGAACGUCAAGAACUGGAAAGAAAACUACAGAAAGGCAGAGAAGAAGAAGAAAAGUACAAAAAACUUGUACAAGAUAUUAUCAAGGUUCAUACCGAAACACCGUAUAAUAAGCAUCCGUUCAGAAGAGCUUUAGAACGCCACGAUUGUCGAUGCCCCGCACCGUUAUAAAGACUUUUUAUACUUUUUUGUAUUUUAUAUCGAAAUAUACAUUUUUAUGUGU